CUCUCCCCGCCGCCCUGCCCGAAAAUUUCGCGCGGAUGGCGCCAGAUUCCGAGCCGCGUCCACGCGCCCUCCAAACAUUUCCUCCUUCCCGCUGGCGCCACUUCCUCCCCGCCAUUUCCAGAGCUGCCCCGGGUAUUUCACCGCCUCCAGAGCUAGCGUCCUCGCGCCAUCACAGCACAACCCUUCUUCGUCUGGAGAGUGCUAGCCCAGGAGCGCGGUCGUGAGCGGCGGAGAUGGAGGGCAUGAGGAGGUUCGUCAACCCGCUGAAGCUCAACGUGCAGAAGAUGGAGCUGGAGCUCACCUGCCCCGUCUGCCUGAAGUUGCUCAGCGCGCCCACGAUGCUGCCGUGUUGCCACACAUGCUGCAGCAAAUGUGCCACUCCGCAGGCUAUGAAUGGCCACAGCUGCGCCAUUUGCAAGCUAGCCUACCAUCCUCAAGAUUUAAGACAUGCUUCUCAAAUUGAGGCAUUGGUGAACAUUCAGAGGAGCAUAAGCUCUACGGUCAGCAGCAUGUCUCUGCAGCUCGGGACUCAACCAGCCAUUCAUGUUGCAAAGGCUACUUCUCAAGGAACUCCAGAAUCAGGAAGGACAAGUUCUCACAACCUGGUUGCUUCAAAUCUGCCAUGUAACCAAGCAUCUGGACCUGCAGAUGAAAAUGUUGGCGUUGUGCAAGCAAUGGAUCCUGCACCAGGAAACAGAACUAAUGAUGUGGCAGUUGAGCCAACGGUUAUUGUACAGACAGGACCGUGUGGGUCUCAAACUCCUGUUGGCUCUGGGGAUCUGGAAUGUGAUAGCAAUGACCUUGAAGGAGAGUUGAUAACAAGCGGAUCACCUCCUCAGAGUACUUUGAAAAGAGGGCCAAAUAUAACAGAUGACAGUACUAGAGGACUGAAGAGGCAAAAAUCCUCAGAUCAGAGUGAAAAACAACCAAGUAUGAAUGCUGCAUGGAAAUGCGAGUUUUGUCACUCUUCCGAAAUCAGCGAGUGUACUGGCCCUUUGUUGCAUUGUCUGGAUGAAGCACUAGUGAAGGAUGAUCAAGCAUGGAAAUCUAAUGUUCUCCAUGUCCAUGAGAAAUGUGCUGAAUGGGCUCCUGAAGCAUACUUUGAAGGUGAUAUGAUUAAAAAGUUGGAGUCUGAGUUAGCCCGCUCUUCGAAGAUGAAGUGUGGUAUUUGUGGGUUAAAAGGUGCGGCACUGGGCUGCCUUUUUAAGAGCUGCCGCAAGAGCUACCAUUUACCAUGUGCCCGUGGGGUCUCAGGCUGCAGAUGGGAUGAAGGAGAGUUUGUUAUGCUGUGUCCUACCCAUUCAUCAAAGAGGCUGCCAUGUGAGAGAUCGAACUCAAAAAACAAGAAGGCCGCCCAGCUGCAACAACCAUCUUCUGAAACAGUACUUGGUGAUUCGAACUCACCAUUCCCGAUGGAAAUGAAUGAACUUUGGACCUCACUUUGUCCGACAAGUGAAUGGGUGAUAUGUGGAUCUGCCCUCUCUGAUCAAGACAAGGAAAUCUUGGAUCAGUUUGAGUACCACUCAGGCGUCACAACAACCAAUAACUGGAGUUCAAACGUAACUCAUGUGCUUGCCAAUACCAACGAAGAUGGAGCAUGUGGUAGGACACGAAAGGUUCUCCUGGCCAUACUUGCUGGGAAAUGGGUUGUCAAUGUGAAUUGGCUGAGUGCUUGCCUGGAGGCUAAAAAACCAGUCCCAGAAGAGCCCUAUGAGAUUCGCUCUGAUGUCCAUGGCGCGAUUGAUGGCCCCCGUAUAGGAAGACUACGAGCAAUGCAAAAGGCACCAAGUCUGUUUUCAGGGUUGAUCUUCUACUUCAUUGGCCAUCCUCUGACAUUCAAGGUUGAGCUUGAUGAGUUGAUUGCCGCGGCAGGGGGAUCUAUCUUGGGCAAGGCUGAUCUCUCUAGCACAUCCCUGAUUGUUUACAACAAGGAAGUUCCGAAAGGAUGUAACGAAGACGCCGUUGACGAGGUUUUCAGUAAGAGGGAAGCUGAGGCUCUAGACCUGGCAACAACAUUUGGCUGCAGGGUUGUGCCUCAUACAUGGGUUUUGGAUAGCAUAGCAUCCUGCACUCUUCAACCCAUCUGACAUUGUAUCUACCUUUUUUGAUCAAGAAUACGUUAGACAUGCUGUAACAUGAGCACCGAAUCAAAUGAAAGAAAGAUCUUCUCUUUUUA